AUGCCAUCAACGAAGGGGGAUCAUUCGUCGUUAAAUUCAAACUCCAUAACAUGUGUCGAUACUAAUAGCAAUGAUCUGAAAUUUGAUCCAGAAGCUCAAAUAAUAGCUGAUCAAAUUAAAGUACCAUUAAGUAAAGUUGAAUUGAUCAUGGUGAUGAUUGGUUUGUCACUUGGAGUUUUCUUGUCUGCUUUGGAUCAAACUAUCGUUUCUACUGCAUUACCAAAAAUCGCUUCAGAAUUUAACUCUCUAGAUCAAAUUUCUUGGGUUGCCACUUCAUAUUUACUAACAAUGACGGCUUUACAACCAACUUAUGGAAAAUUUUCGGAUAUUUUUGGUAGAAAAGAAACACUUUUAUUUGCAAUUAUCAUUUUCGAAAUAGGAAGUUUGCUUUGUGGUCUGGCCCCAAAUAUGGUUUCAUUGAUUAUCUUCCGUGCCAUAGCUGGAAUUGGGGGUAGUGGUAUCAUUAAUUUGGUUAUAAUCAUAAUAUCAGAUAUCGUCUCAUUACAAGAUCGCGGAAAAUAUCAAGGAAUGAUUGCAGGUGUUUUUGGUAUCGCUUCAGUGGUGGGUCCAUUACUUGGAGGCGCUUUUACAGAUCACUUAACUUGGAGAUGGGCAUUUUAUAUUAACAUUCCAAUAGGAGGAGUAACAAUUGUCGCAAUAAUAUUUUUGCUUCAUAUGCCACGCCCAAAAGGCUCACUACUACAAAAACUUAAACGGAUAGAUUAUAUGGGAACUAUUUUUAUGAUUUUAACUAUUGUAGCAUUUUUAUUACCAUUGAGUUGGGGAGGAAAUGAGUACGCAUGGAAUUCUCCUGUAGUUAUUGUGCUAUUAGUAGUUGGAUUUAUUGGAUGUUUGAUAUUUGCUUUGAUUGAAGUUAAAUUUUCCGUUGAACCCAUUGCGCCUCCACAUUUGUUUAAAAAUGUAAAUGUUAUUGGAAACUUUGGCACGAAUUUCUUUCAAGGAAUGGCAUUUUACGGAUUGGUUUAUUACAUUCCAGUUUACUUCCAAGUUAUAAAAGGUGAUAGUGCCACCGCGUCAGGUCUGGAAUUAAUCCCAUACAUUCUUGGUGUGGUAAUAGCGUCGAUAUCAACCGGUCAAUUCAUAUCACGAUCAGAUAUAGCAUCUUAUCGUACGAUAAUUAUAAUGGGUAGCGUAUUGAUCACAGUUGGAUCGGGAUUACUUACUUUAUGGAACGAACAUUCUGGAAGAGGUGUUCAAAUCGGUUAUAUGAUUAUCACUGGUGUAGGAGUAGGAAUUAUUAUUCAAACUACAAUUCUUUGUGGACAACAAAUUGUCGAUUAUAAAGAUGUCGCGUCUGUUACUUCUCUUUUAACCUUCUUUAGAACGAUUGGAGCCGUAUUUGGUGUCGCAGUAAUCGGCACUACAUUCAAAGAUGUUCUCGCUCGUAAUUUGAAUAAACUUUCAUUACCAACUGAAAUCAAUUUGGCUGUAAGACAAUCCGCUUUUGCAGUUCAAAGCUUGCCCGACGAUAUGAGAAUUCCGGUUAUAUCUGCUUACGUUAAUGCUUUGAGUGUUGCCUAUAUGGUUUUAGUACCAGCAGGGAUAUUAUGCACUAUUUGUGCAACCUUUGUAGGAAAUCAUAAACCUAGAAGGAGUGAAAAAGAGACGGUGGUGGUCUUUGAUUAA